CGUCGAGAUAUAAGAAUGUCGCAGGACUGUCUCCAGUCCACUUCGACCUCAUCUCCUGAUCUGACAUCAUCGGGAAGAAAUAGGUCCAAAUCUGCGAUGGCCAGUUUGCUCAAGUUCCCCCUCCUCGCCACCGCCGUUUUCGUUGUCGCAGCCUCCGGGAGCGCCCUCGAAGGCCCCGACGCCGACUUCGCUAUUCCCAGAGAACUGGACCAGCUGUUGAUCCCGGUCUCCACCCUCGUCGGCAUCCCCCCCUCCGAGGACCAGCUGCCUUCGGGAGUCGCUCUCUCCCCCAGCGGCAUCUCCAAGAGGUCGCCCAGGCGGUUCCGCACCUCCUCCAGCACCGACGAGUACCACGUGUGCACGCCGAGCCGUCACGAGGUGAUCCGUCUCCUGCUGGCGCUGCACGAGGCUCGCCAAGGUCGCAACAUGGACAGGAUCAUCCAGCUCUGCAACAGGCAUUCGAAUGCCGCCGGAAUCGACACCAACAUCCGCUUCCUUGGCUAAAAGAAAAGAAUAAAGCCCGGAAGACAGAGAUGAAGAUGAAAAAGGGAAAAAAUUGAUGAAGAGGCACAGCCAAUAGGCCGGUUAUAGAUUGUUUAUACGCGCCAUCGUGGGACUUUCCGUGUUUUUGUUGAUUUUUUCGAACGGCAUUUGCUUCUAUAAUGCUGCUCUUGUAUACAAAUGAAAGAUGUAUGAUUGGGUAUGCAAAUCUGAGAUUUUUUUUUUACCCCAAGACCACAAAAUUGGACAUUAUCAGUGUAUAUAUUUAAGCAUUUCAUGAUAAGAUUUAAUAAAAUAUUGUUGGUCA